AUUAUUUAACCCCACGAUAUCUUGCACUAUAGCUAGUGCGUUACACCUUCUUUACGAUUAACAACCAAAAUAUCACACUCUACGUAUGACUUGGAAAACAAACUGAAAAACUUUGUCGCAAAAAGCUACAAAAUGAGUUGCAUAACGCUGCUAUUGAAAGCAGCUAUCUGACGAUCGAGGUUUAAUCUAAAAAUGGAACAGCAGAGAUGCUAAAGGAAAACAGGUUAUUUUUGGUCUUGGACCAAUAUGAAUCACAUCUCCAUCGUCACAAUACCUGUCGUUGUAAUGCUCUGGCCUGGAAUUGCUGUCUUUUCCUUAUAUUUUUCUCCUGGUGUUUUUAUGCGACGUAACAGGAAGUUGAACAAAUCAGGAAUUGAUAAUACUUGCAAUCAUGCCAGGAGUAAAUAUCAAAGAUGAUGAUCGUAAGAGAAUUGAUCCUAAACUCAUGUGCUCUUCGUGUAAUCUGCUGCUGACAAGACCCAUGCAGACUACUUGUGGACACUUAAUUUGUUCAUCCUGUGUUGACACACUGCUGGAGGGUUCACGCCUAAUAUGUCCAGAAGAUGGAGUGGCAAUGAAAAAGGAGGAGAUAUUCCCGGACACAUUUAACAAUCGAUUGCUCGGGGAUUUGCCUCUGCACUGCCCUAAUACGGGAUGUCUUUGGAAUGGGACUUAUUCCCAGCUGGACAGUCAUUCUGACGUCUGUGAUCAUGCUUGGAUAAAAUGUACUCGCUCUGGAUGCGAGAUGAAGUUAAAACGCGGAAAUCUUCCCAAACAUGAGAAAGAUAAGUGCAAAUAUCGCAACGUGAAGUGUGAAUAUUGCCAACAAGAUGUUUCAUUUGCUUCUCUUAAGGUUCACGUUUCUACAGUCUGUAUGGGUGUGCCCGUAACCUGCAAAUUCUGCAAACAAGAGGUAUUGAAAAAGGAUAUUGAAAGUCACGAACAAGUUGUGUGUGGAGAGGUACCAGCAGAAUGCGAAUUCCACUCUUUGGGUUGUAAACCUGACAAGGCUUUGAAACGAAGUGAACUUCCCCAGCACAUGCACCACUCUUUGACGAGCCAUGUUACCCAACUAUUGCAUUUUACUCUUGGUUUUGAAACCCAACUAAGCAGCUACGUCCCACGACAAGAACUUACUGGCACGGUUCAGAAAUUCAACGAUGAUAUCUCCGAGAUUCACUCCGGCGUGGCUGAGAAAUUUGACACGGAACUCGGCAAAUUUACUGGAAUGGAACGAAGAAUUGAGAGUUUGGAAACCAGUCGUGACGGUGAAACAAGGAUGGGCGAUAAAUUCCGUGAUCUCGAGCGCAAGGUUUCUGAUAUUGCCAGUGAACUAUGCGCUGUACGUGAACGCAAUUUGAUCCUGGAGAACAAAUUGAAAGAAAAGAAUUUGCAAUUGGAACGGAUGCGAAGCAGGAUGGAUCAAGCGGACGAGUCUCUUGCUCUUAAUACGGUGAAGAUUGCCGACUUGGAAUCACGAGGUGGUCCACGUGCACAACAGUCUAUUCACAGUCGCAACGGGACCUUGCUGUGGAAGAUUGAAAAUUACGAGAGGAAACGACAAGAUGCCAUAAAUGGGGUGAAAACGUCCUUGUAUAGUCCACCCUUCUACAGCGCGCAGUAUGGUUAUAAGAUGUGCGCUAAAAUCUACAUGAAUGGCGAUGGCUUUGGAAAAGGAUCUCAUCUAUCACUCUUUUUUGUUAUCAUGAAAGGUGACUAUGACGCCCUUCAAUCUUGGCCAUUUCAAAAGAAAAUAACCAUGAUGCUCUUGGAUCAAGGUAAUGGAGAUCACAUGAUUGAUGCUUUCCACUCUGAUCCUCAAAGUUCGUCUUUUAAAUGCCCGAAUUCCGAAAUGAAUAUCGCAUCAGGAUCUCCAUUGUUUAUGCCUAUCGAUAGUUUGAGUAAUCGUCAAUAUAUAAAGAACGAUACUCUCUUCAUCAAAAUCAUUGUAGAAUAAAUAUUAGCGAACUGAUCCGAUUUUUAAUUAAAAGUAAAGACAACUUAGGUGAUAACUUAAAUAAUUGUAAUGCCUGGGUAACUAGCAUUUAUGCACUACUAUAAAGCUAAAGGAUGCUUGCCAGCAUCAACUGAGUCAAUUGAGUAGUUGAAAUAUUUGCUUAUUGCCUUAUCAUACUGUAUUUUUUAAUUAUUUGCAAUAACUUGUAUUACCGAAAUACAAUACGCUUUUGUGAUUAUCAGCUGUAAAUAAAAAAUCAUAUGUCA